CCGGGGUCCUUCCGUGUGCGUUGAUAUGAUUGGCCGGCGGAGAGAGGCCCUCUUUUCCUCCUUUGCUGCUUGAGGAUCACCGCCAUCAUGAAUGACACAGUAACUAUCCGGACCAGGAAGUUCAUGACCAACCGUCUGCUUCAGAGGAAACAAAUGGUCAUCGACGUCCUUCACCCGGGGAAGGCUACAGUGCCCAAGACGGAAAUUCGGGAAAAACUAGCCAAAAUGUACAAGACCACACCAGAUGUCAUCUUUGUAUUUGGAUUCAGAACCCAUUUUGGUGGGGGCAAGACAACUGGCUUCGGCAUGAUUUAUGAUUCCUUGGAUUAUGCAAAGAAAAAUGAACCCAAACACAGGCUUGCCAGACACGGCCUGUAUGAGAAGAAGAAGACCUCAAGGAAACAGCGGAAGGAACGCAAGAACAGGAUGAAGAAAGUCAGGGGCACUGCCAAGGCCAGUGUCGGUGCUGGCAAAAAGUGAGCUGGAGAUUGGAUAACAGGCAAAGGACUGAAGACUGACUGCGGUGACUACCACAAUGCUGCAAAUGUUUAAGAUGACCAAUAAACUGUAAAAACUCC